CUAAGAAAACAAUCACAAAGAAAAUAAAGAAACGUAAAGAUGGUAAAGAGGUAAAGACCGAAACUGUGACAGUAGAAGAAGAAGGGAAAAAACCAAAAACGACGGUGAUUUACGACGAUUUUGAAAUACCUGAAGAAUUAGAAACAGAAAUAGUGGAGCCUGAAAAAGUGGACCACAUUGUUGAGUUACCUGCUGAAAUCCAGGUAACUGAGACAGUAACAAAAGAGGGUAAGCCAAGAAGAAAAGUUGUUAAAACAAUUCGUAGACGUAAAAAGGGUAAAAUAGAAAAAACAGAAAUUGUGACAGUAGAGGAAGAAGGCAAGAAACCUGAAAUGGAGGUUUUGGUAACUGAAAUUCCAGAAGAAGAGGAAGAACAAUUGAAACCUAAAGAAGUAGAUUAUAUUGAAAAAAUACCAGUGGAAAUACAGGUAAGUGAAACAGUGACCAAGCAAGGUAAGCCUAAGAAAACCAUAGUAAAGCAAAUAAGACGGCGUAAAGGUAACAAAGAAGAAACAACAGAAGUAGUAACUGUAGAGGAAGAAGGAAAAACGCCUGAAACUUUUGUUUCAGUUGAAGAAUUAGAGAUACCUGAACCAGAAAAGGUAUCAACUGAGAUACAAAUAACUGAAACUAAAACCAAAGAAGGUAAGCCGAAGAAGACAAUUGUGAAGAAAAUAAAAAAGCGUAGAGGUAGUAAAAUUGAAAACACUGAAAUUGUAACUGUGGAGGAAGUAGGUAAAAAGCCUCAAACAACCGUUUCGGUUGAAGAAAUUGAGGUGCCAGAAGAAUUAGAAGAAAUGCCAGCACUUGAAUAUAAAACUCCUGAUUAUGUGGAAGAAAUACCUGCUGAAGUAGAAGUCACAGAAGCGGUGACUAAAGACGGCAAACGCAAGAAGGUUACUACACGAAAAAUUAAGAAAAAGAAAGGUGUAAAACAAGAGAAUACUGAAAUUGUAACAGUGGAGGAAGAAGGCAAACAACCUGAAACAACUGUAACCGUGAAAGAAAUACCAUUUUUGGAAGAAACCAAAAAACCUGAGAAACCUAUUGAACAAUUACCUGUGGAAGUAACUGUGACAGAAACGGUAAGUAAAGAAGGUAAGCCUAAAAAGACGAUGGUGAAAAAGAUUAAGCGUCGCGUUGGUAAUAAAGAAGAAAAAACAGAAAUUGUAACAGUGGAAGAGGUAGGUAAGAAACCACAAACAACGGUUUCAAUUGAAGAAAUCCUGUUACCUGAAGAAGUUGAACCUAUACCUGAGCAACCUGCUAUAAUUGAAGAACUCCCGACUGAAAUUAAGGUAACUGAAAUGAUUGGAAAAGACGGUAAACCUCUUAAGAAGACCGUCAAAGUGCGACGUUUACGGAAACGGAAAGGUGGUAAACAGGAAGAAACUCAAAUUGUAACAGUGGAAGAAGAAGGCAAAAAACCAAUGACUUCUGUAACCGUUGAAGAAAUUGACGUUCCAGAACUUGUGUAUGAAUUACCCGAAAUUAAAACAGAAGAAGCAGUUUACUUGGAAGAGUUACCUACAGAAGUUAAUAUUACUGAUACAGUAACUCUGGAAGGUAAACCUAAACGUAAGAUAAUCAAAACGCGAAAAAUACGUAAACGCAAAGGUAGCAAACAAGAAAAUACUGAAAUAGUGACAGUUGAAGAAGAAGGGAAGAAACCACAAUGCUCUGUAUUUGUUGAAGAGAUAGACGUGCCUGAAGAAGUGACAGAAAUUCUACCACAAGAACCAACUUACAUUGAAGAAUUGCCAACCGAAGUCAAAGUUACCGAAGUGGUGACAAAAGAAGGAAAACCUAAGAAGAAAACGGUUAAAAUUAGGAAGAUCAGGAAACGUAAAGGUAGUAAACAGGAAGAUACAAAUAUUGUAACAGUUGAGGAAGAAGGAAAGCCAAUUGAAACUUCUGUAACAGUUGAAGAAAGAGAAAUACCAGUAGAAGUAUUAGAGGAAAUGGAAGAAAAACCUUCCGAAGCCGUAUUUAUUGAAGAGUUACCACAAGAAGUUCAAAUUGUUGAAAUUACAACUCCUGACGGUAAAACAAAAAAACAGAAGAUCAAAAAACGAGUUAUCAGAAAACGAAAAGAUGAUAAAGAAGAAAAAACCGAAAUUGUAACUGUAGAAGUGGAAGGUAAACCACCUGAAAUUACAGUAUCGGUGGAAGAAAUUAAAACGCCACUUAAACCCAAAAAGAAAAAAGUCAAGAAAGUCCAAAAACCUCAAAAAGAGGAACCAGAAGAAAAAAUUCUAUUUGUACCAACUUUGGCCGAAAAAGAAGAUGAAGAACCGGUUGAAGUUGAAGAGGUUUUAGAUAUGAUCAGAACAGAACUUCUGAAGAAAGCAAUAGCUCAUGAACUGCCUGAGCUCCCUGAGGGGGAAAUUAUUGAUAUUCCUGAAUUUGCGGCAACCGAAUUACCGGAAGAAAUCGUACAAGUUGAAGAAAUAAAUAACAAUGGAAUACCAGUGAAGAAAGUUAUCAAGAAACGCACAAUUAAAAAGAAGAAAGGUGAUAAACUCGAAAUUACCAAAAUACAAACAACUGAGAAAGAAGGAGAAAAACCUGAAACGAUUGUAACUACUGAAGAAGUUGAUAAAGAUGAUGAAAAUUAUCAACAGCCAGGAGUACCAAUAACUGAGUUACCUGAGGAUGUUGAGGUUAUUGAAAUUAGUACUAGUGAUAAGACACCGAAGAAAAAAGUUACAAAGAAGAAAACUUUGAUAAAGAAAAUGGGACCAAAAGUUGAAACUACUGAAAUUGUUACUGUACUUGAAGAUGAUAAACCUCCCGAACAAACGGUUACUGUGAAAGAAUAUCCACAAAAACCCAAAAAAGUUAAAAAAGUAAAGAAAGAUAAACCUAAAACUGGAGAUAUUGAAAAGCCGAAACCCAUACCUAUGAAAUUAGAAAUUAUUAAAAUGGAGCCGACUAAGGUAAAAGUCGUUACAAAAGAAGAAAUACCACUUCUCAGUCAAUUGAAAAAACCAAAAACAGUACCGAAGAAGAAACCACAGCAAGUUACUUUCCCGAAAAUUCGUCUCACUAGCAGAAUAGUACGAGUUACUUUCCCUCCGGAAGGAGAACAAGAACAAAAACCUAUCAUUACUCAAAGGAAACGUGACCUUAAAGAUCAUGGAGAACUUUCACGAAAUGUGAAAGAAGCACGUGAAGUACUGAAACGCAAAAAGUUUAAAGUUAAAGAUAUUGAACAAUUUAUUCCCGAUUUAGAAACUCCGGAAGAUACCAGCCUUCCAGAAAAAGUUAAAACGGAAAAAGAUGAACCUAAGGAAAAGUACGAAAGAAAGCCUAAACCUACACCUGAAGAUAUGGAACAACCAGAAAAGUUCAAAAUCGGUAAAGGUAAAGUACCUCUCGAUGACAAUGAGCUUGAAAAGGUUAAACUUAAGAAAAUUCCGGAAAAACCGAAAGAGGAAGUACCGGAAGAGUUAGAGAAGCCUAAACCCAAAUCAAAACCAAAACCAGAAACAAAACCUGAAAAACCGGAUGAAGAAAGUGAUAAAAUUAAAUUUAAACCUUAUGAUAUCGAUUUGCCCGAAACUGAGUUGGAAAAACCUGAAAAAUUCGAUUACGAGAAAGAUACAGACGACAAAGAACAAAAGAAAGGUAGAUAUAAACCUAAAAAGAAAGAAAAACCUAAACCUGAAACAGACGAAAUCGAAAUAAUUAAAGGAACGCCAAAAGAAAAACCUGAUGAAGAAGAAAAAGAUAUUAAAUUAAAAUACAAACAAAAACCUAAACCUGAAGAAGAACCUGAAACAAUUAAACUAAAACCUUGGAAAAAAGAUGCAGGCGAUGAGGUCACUCCUGUAAAACUCUCAGACAAAAUUAAAUUUAAAGUACCAAAAGUUUCGUACGUUGAAGAAGAGCCGGAGAAAGAGGAAGUAAUUGAAGAAAUUGUUGACAAUAAACCUAAAAAGAAAAGGGUAAAAAAGAGAGUUCUUAAAAAAGAUUUGGAUGAUAAUACACGCGAAAUAAUCGAAAUCGUAACAGUACAGGAGGAAGACAAGAAACCUGAAACAUCAAUAGUUACAACUAUUGAACCACUGGUAGAAGAACCUGUUGAACCCCUAAAAGUGGAAAAGAGAGUUAUACCAACAAUUGUGAUUGAAUUACCCGAAGAAACGAAGGUUGCUGAAGUAAAAACUGAGGAAGGUAAACCGGUAAAAAAGGUUACUAAAAGGAAAGUUAUAAAGAAACGAGUUGGUCCAAUUGAAGAAGUAAUUAAUAUCGAAACUACCGAAAUUGAAGGAAAAGAACCUGAGACUUUUGUAACGGUUCAAGAGUUAAUCUCUGAUGACCUCCCUGAGCUUCAGGAAGGAGUAAUUAUUGAAGAACUUCCGGAAAAAGUUGAAGAAAUAGAAACAGAAGUGAGAGGGAAAAUCAAAAAGAAAAAGAUCAGAAAGCGGGUAUUUAAGAAAGAUGAUGAAGGGCAGAAAGAGAUAACCGAAGUUGUUUCUAUUGAAGAUGAAGAAAAACCUGAACUUAGUGCGACGAUAAUAAUACCCGAUGAAAGUAACACUUUUACGGUAGAGUUUCCGGAGGAAACUGAAAUUACUGAAGAACGCAGAAAGAAGAAAAUUAAGAGACGAAGAGUUAUUAAAAAACAAAUCGGUCCAAUGCAAGAAAUUACAAAGAUAGAUACUGAAGAAGUGGAGGGAGAAGAGCCUGAAAGUACAGUAACAAUUGAAGAAAUAAUAGCAGAUGAAAUUCCUGAAAUUGCUGAAGCACAACCUGUUGAGGAGUUACCAGAGAAGGAAAUAAUAGUUGAGGAAGAAAUUAAGGGUAAAAUCAAGAAAAAGAAAAUUAGAAAGAGAGUUAUGAAGAAAGAUGUUGAUGGUAAACAGGAAAUUACUGAAAUAGUAACAACAGAAGAAGAUAAUAAAGAACCUCAAACGAGUGUUACAACACUUGUGUAUGAUGCUUCUUCUAUUGAACCUUUAUCUGAAGAAAUAUCGGAACCUCUUGAACCUCAAAAACGUAAAUCCAAGAAAGUUAUUCCCACAGUUGUGGAACUUCCGGAAGAAGUUACCGUAACGCAAGUAAAAUCGAAAAGAGGACCAUCUAAGAAAGUAGUUAAAAAAGUAAGAACUAUCAAAAAACAAAUAGGCCCAAUACAGGAGAUAACUAAAAUUGAAACAGCCGAAGAAGAAGGUAAAGAACCUGAAACAACUGUUACAACUGAGGAAAUAAUCGCUGAUGAGAUUCCUGAAAUUGUGGAAGCUAAACCUGUGGAAGAACUACCUGAAAAAGUUGAAGUAAUUGAAGAGGUUGUUAAAGGAAAGCUUGUAAAGAAGAUGGUCAAAAAGAAGGUGUUGAAGAAAAAAGAUGAUCAAGGAAAUCAGGAAAUUACACAAAUUGUGACAAUAGAGGAGGAAGGUAAAAAACCAGAAACAACUGUAACAACUGUUAUUGCUGAAACUAGUUCAUUGCUACCUUUGCAAGAAGAAGCAAAACCAAUUAAACCUGAAAAGAAACCGAAGAAAAAAGUUAAAUCAACUGUAGUUGAACUUCCAGAGGAAGUAAAAGUUACAGAGGUGGAGACAAGGAGAGGACCUAAAAAGAAAGUUACCAAAACCAGAGUUAUAAAGAAACAAAUAGGUCCAAUUGAAGAAAUAACUAGAAUUGAGACUGCUGAGGAAGAAGGUAAAGAGCCACAAACAACUGUUACUGUGCAAGAAUUUAUAUCAGAAGAAGUUCCUGAAAUUGUACAAUCCACACCUGUUGAAGAACAUGAAAAAGUUGAAGUAGUUCAUAAAAAAGAGGGUGAUAAAGUAAAAACAAAGAAAAUCAAAAAACGAGUUAUUAAAAAGGUUGUCGAUGGCAAGUCUGAUGUUACAGAAAUUGUUACAGUUGAGGAAGACGAUAAAAAACCUGUAACUACAAUUACCAAAUUGCCCGACAUUUCAGAACUCAAAGAAGAAAUUACAAAACCAUUUGAACCUGAAAAGAAGAAACCAGAAGAAGCUAAGCCCCUCAUUGUUGAAUUACCAGAAGAAAUGACUGUUACAGAAAUAAAAACGAGGAAAGGUCCAGUUAAAAAAGUUGUUAAGACUAAAGUAAUUAAAAAACAGAAAGGCGAUGUGCAGGAAAUUACCAAAAUUGAAACGGCGGAAGAAGAAGGCAAAGAACCGGAAACGACAGUCAAAAUUGAAGAAAUCCUAGCUUACGAACCCCUUGCUUAUGAAGAAGCUACGGUGGUUGAAGAAUUGCCAGAGAAGGUUGAUAUUGUGGAGGAAAUAGUCGCUGGAAAAAUUAAAAGAAAGAAGAUCAAGAAACGAGUUCUUAAAAAAGACGAUGGUGGAAAACAGGAAAUCACUGAAAUUGUGACAGUUGAGGAGGAGGGCAAGGAACCUCAAACCACUGUUACUACGCAAAUUUAUGAUACUCAACUUGAAGAAGUUGCUGAACCUUACGAACCUGAAAUGAAGAAACCGAAGAAAAUUAAACCAACUGUUGUCGAGCUGCCAACAGUCACUGUUACCGAGGUUAGCACAAAAGAAGGGAAACCUGUUAGAAAAACGGUUACUAAAAAAGUAAUUAAGAAACGAACUGGACCUAUAGAAGAAAUUACUAAAAUACAAACCGUUGACGAAGAAGGUAAAGAACCUGAAACCACUGUUACAAUUGAAGAAGUUAUUGCCGAAGAACCUCUUCCACUGGAAGAAGCUAUAGUCGUGGAAGAGUUACCUGAAAAAGUUGAUGUAAUUGAAGAAGUCGUUCGCGGAAAAAUUAAGAAGAAGAAAAUUAAAACGCGUGUUAUUAAGAAAGACGAUGAUGGUAAACAAGAAAUUACAGAAAUUGUUACCAUUGAAGAAGAUGAUAAGAAACCUCAAACCACUGUUACAACAAUGAUUCACGAUAUGUUACCACUUGAACCGUUUGAGGAAACUGUCGAACUUCCUAUGCUGAAAAAGAAAGAACCAAAGAGAGUUAAACCAACUGUUGUAGAACUUCCCGAAGUUAAAGUUACAGAAGUUGAUGUCAAAGAAGGAAAAUCUGUCAAGAAAACAGUUACCAAGAAAGUAAUUAAGAAACAAAUCGGUCCAAUUCAAGAAAUAACAAAAAUCGAAACUGCUGAAAUUGAAGAUGAGAAGCCUGAAACCACUGUUACAAUUGAAGAAAUUAUUACCGAUGAACCUCUUCCGCUAGAAGAAGCUACAGUAGUAGAAGAGUUACCAGAAAAAGUCGAUGUUGUUGAAGAAAUUGUCGGUGGAAAAAUUAUAAAGAAGAAGAUAAAGAAACGUGUCAUCAAAAAAGAGAAAGAUGGCCAACAGGAAAUCACACAAAUUGUUACAGUUGAAGAAGACGAUAAGAAACCGCAAACUACUGUUACAACGUUAAUUCAUGAUACUUCCUCCACAGAACCUUUAGAAGAAGAAACAGAAACAUUGAAACCUAAUGAAACAAAUCCGCGCAAAAUUAAACCUACUGUAAUUGAAUUACCUGAAGAAAUUGAAAUUACUGAAGUAAAAACUAAAGAAGGCUUACCAGUCAAGAAGAAAGUCACUAAAAAAGUAAUCAAAAAACAAAUUGGCCCUAUUCAGGAAAUUACAAAUAUUGCAACAGUUGAAGAAGAAGGUAAAGAACCUGAAACAACAGUCACUGUGCAAGAAUUUAUUGAAGAUCUUCCUGAAUUAGUCGAUGCUACAGUAGUUGAGGAACUACCAGAAAAAGUCGACGUUGUUGAAACUGUGAUAGGUGACCAAAUACAAAAGAAGAAGGUCAAAAGACGAGUCAUAAAGAAAGAUAAAGAUGGUAAAAAAGAAAUAACAGAAAUUGUGACUGUCGAAGAAGACGAUAAGAAACCUCAAACUACAAUUACUACUCUCGUUCAUGACAUUUCUUCCGAAGGGCCGCUCGAACAAGAAUCUUUCUAUUCAUUUGAACCCGAUAAAAAACAACUUAGGAAAGUAAAACCCGUUGUUGUUGAGUUACCAGAAGAAGUCAAAAUUACCGAAGUUGUGACCCAAGAAGGGCCAAAAGAAAAAGUUACCAAAAAGAGAGUUAUUAAGAAACAAAUUGGUCCGAUUCAAGAAAUCACCAAAAUUGAAACUGCGGAAGAAGAAGGUAAAGAACCUGAAACGACUGUUACAGUUGAAGAAAUAAUCUCCGAUGAAAUACCAGAAUUGGUUGAAGCUCAACCUGUUGAAGAAGUGGAAAAGGUUGAAGUUGUUCAAGAAAAAGUUGGUGAUAAAGUUAAGACUAAGAAAAUUAAAAAGCGAACUAUCACUAAAACCGUUGAUGGCAAACCUGAAGUUACAGAAAUUGUGACUGUUGAAGAAGACAAUAAAAAACCUAAAACAAUUGUCACCAAAUCUCACGAUAUCAAGUCUACAGAUCUUCCGCUUGAAGACAUUGAACCUUUUGAAACUAAAAAGCCUAAGAAAAAGAAGAUAGAGCCCACAGUUGUUGAGUUACCGGAAGAAGUAAAAGUAACACAAGUUAUCACAGAGAAAGGACCCAUAGAAAAAGUUACCAAAAAACGUACUAUUAAAAAACAAAUUGGUCCAGUGCAAGAAAUAACUAAGAUUGAAACCAUCGAAGAGCCAGACAAAUUGCCUGAAACUACUGUCACAAUUGAAGAAAUUAUUUCUGAAGAAACACCCGAAAUAGCGGAAUCUAAACCCGUCGAAGAACUUGAAAAGGUUGAUAUUGAGGAAAAAAUCGUUGAUGGUAAGAAAAAGAAAAUAAAGACCAAAAAGAGAGUAAUUAAAAAAGAUGUAGAAGAAGGUAAGCAAGAAAUAACCGAAAUUGUUAGAGUUGAAGAAGACGGUAAGGAACCACAAACUACAGUUAUUACUGUUAUACAUGAUACUUCGGUUAUUGAACCACUAGUUGAAGAAAUAUUAAAACCAUAUGAACCUGAAGAAAAGAAACCUAAAACUGUUAAACCCACAGUAGUGGAAUACCCUGAAGAAGUUACUGUUACUGAAAUAACGACACAACAAGGCAAACCCUCUAAGAAAGUUACAAAGAGAAAGGUUAUUAAAAAACAGGUAGGUCCAAUCGAAGAAAUAACCAAUGUGGAAACCACUCAAGAAGGUGACGACGAACCACAAACCACAAUCACCAUUGUCGAAAUGGUUCCCGACGAACUACCAAAGUUCAUUGAACUUAAACCCACAGAGCAACUUCCAGAGAAAGUUGAGACAAUUGAGGAAGUAGUCGACGGUAAGGUCAAAAAGAAGAAAAUUAAAAAACAAAUCGCCAAACGCGAGAAGGACGGUAAACCGGAAAUAACCGAGGUUAUAACCGUUCAAGAAGAUGACAAACCACCACAAGUAACCGUAAAUAUUUACACGUCCGACAACAAUUUCACAGAACCACUUCAACUCGAAACUGUCACAGACUUCGAUCAAACACCUGGUAUACCAGAACGUAUUACUCCCAGACUGACACACCACACAACCACAAAAACCAUUACAGAAGUACACACCCUUGAACAUACACAGGAAACACCACUAGGUAAGAAAUACAAUUAUUAUUACCCACACUUUCAAUACUUAACUUCUAAAUACACCAAAAACGGGGUAACCUAA